CGUGUCAACGGCAGCGUCGAUCGGCCGAGCCAAUAAUUCGCCGAUUGUCCAUGCUCGGCUGCACCGGGCUGCCAUUGCCCACCAUCACGGCCGGCGCCGACCAAUCAGCGGCCGGCUCACCAGCUGGCCCGCCGCUCAUUGGUCGGCCGGCCGCCUAUCUCCGGCGACAAGCGGCGGAUGACUCCGAUAUGGGGCCUCGAUGACGACUCCAUGUAUUCAUGUUUCAAUCGUUGUGCGACGAUCGCGGUGGAAGGAGGCGGAACUGCAGCGGAGGACGGCGAACACAGCGCACCGGAGACAGAAUGUAUCCGCUGUCCAGUUUUUACGCCUCGCUGAGCCAGUCGCGGUUCGGUGCGACCCCGGCGGCUCCGGCGGCGCCCUACUCUGCCGAGCAGCUGCUGCGGGUGCGACCUCCUCACCUGGUGUACCCCCUGGCCACGCGGCCACCGGCCAUCGGCAGCGUCACAGCCGACACGGACAGCGCUGAGCGCCGAGAGUCGGACCACAAACUGACGGACCGACUGACCGAGCGGUGUCGGCCCGUGCUCAAAUUCAGCGUGAACGCCAUUCUCGGCGACGACAGGGACGACCACGAGGCGUCGCCGAAAAAAGAGACGUGCACGCCGUACCGACCAGCGGUGAGCGCUCCGAGCGGCCUGCCGGCGCCCAAACCUCUGUACAGGUCGCUGUUCGACACACCGCUGCACUCCCUGCUGACCAACCGGUCACACUAUCUCACAGUUCCUACGACAUCCGGAUGUCACCGUUUGGCGACUUCGAUGCUGCCUCUGGCCGGCACCUUCUCCUGCUGGCCGACGUCUCCACGGGGUAAGCCGCGGCGCGGAAUGCUGCGCCGGGCCGUGUUCUCCGACCUGCAGCGACAGGGCCUCGAGAAGCGAUUCCAGGUGCAAAAGUACAUCAGCAAGCCAGAUCGCAAGAAACUGGCGGAAAAACUCGGCUUAAAGGAUUCACAGGUCAAUCUGAUGAGCAGCCGAGCCAAGAUGGCCGACGCUGGGCUGGCAGCGGGCCGUCGAAUGUGA